AUGAUGUUGCAAACGCACGAACAGAUAUAUGUUGGUAUCAAUGGAUUUGGGCGUAUCGGUAGACUUGUUUUGCGCGCAGCGCUGUCCCAUCCAGAGGUUUCCGUGAAGCUGAUCAAUAAUCCAUCAACAACUCCAGAAUACGCUGCUUACCUCUUCAAAUACGAUUCUACUCAUGGAAGAUAUGCAGGUUCUGUAAGCUAUGAUGAAACAUCAAUCACCGUAACCCCCCCUCCGACUGAUGAAGGCAGUCGCGUUUCGCAGAAAAUCAUUUUCACCCGCGAAAGAGAACCUGAGAAUAUUCCUUGGCAGUCUCAAGGUGUUGACUAUGUCAUUGAUGCUACGGGUAUUUUCAAAGAGUUGGAAAGUGCUGCAAGACAUCAGAAUGUUAGACGCAUUAUUGUUACAGCACCUUCUAAUACAGCACCAAUGUAUGUUUACGGAGUAAAUCAUAAUCAGUAUGAUCCAAAAAAAGACUUUGUUGUGUCCAAUGCUUCCUGUACUACGAAUUGCCUAGCUCCCUUAAUGAAGUGUCUGGACGAUAAUUUUACCAUCGAAGAUGCUCUUAUGACAACAGUUCAUGCCACCACAGCUUCUCAAAAAACAGUCGAUGGUACUUCAAGUGGCGGCAAGGAUUGGAGGGGUGGCAGGUCAUGCCAAGGCAAUAUUAUUCCAUCAUCAACCGGCGCUGCCAAAGCUGUUACAAAGAUUUUACCAAAUUUAAAUGGAAAAAUCACUGGUAUGUCGAUAAGAGUCCCCACUAUCAACAUAUCUUUGAUCGACUUAACUUUUCGGACCAGAAGGGAUACUUCAUAUGAAGAAAUAAUAAAUACGCUCGAACAUCAUGCCAAUACAGAUCUGAAAGGUAUAUUAGGCGUUACCCACGAGGCAUUGGUAUCUUCUGAUUUUAUUUCGGAUCCUAGAUCGUCAAUUGUAGAUUCUUUGGCUGGAAUCGAACUGAAUAAAAAUUUCUUCAAGAUCUGUAGCUGGUACGAUAAUGAAUUUGGGUAUUCUUCAAGGGUAGUCGAUCUAUUAAUGCACAUAGCCCGCACAGAUGUGGAACUGAAAGGCUCCUCAGCUUGA